AGGCCCCUGCGUCAGCUUCUAUCUGUUCAUUAUCCGAAGUUUUAAAAUGAAGAAAAAGAAAAAGGAAAAAAAAAAAAAGCUGUAUUAUUUUUUGUUCAGAUUAUUCUUCGAUUCUGUGCGUCUCGUCUUCUUCAUCUUCAUUGAUUUUGGUCCGUCUUCUGCUCUCACCGCCAAGUGUAGCGGAAUUGCAAUGCUAAAAGUCGCCUGUAAUCUUCACAGGUAUUUUUCACCGGAGCCAGUGGAUUUAAAUCCUCUAAACUUGGUCUUGGAUAAGAGAAUUUAAACCCGCAAAUCUCUACUCUGCUCUGUGUCGAGUUCGAAAAUCCGAUUUGAAAGGUUUUUAAGUGUAUCUGAUAUCGAUGGAGGACAUUUGCGAUUUCUGCGGAUGAUUUUAACUGGCUUCAAUGGACUUCGUUUCGGAUUCUGAAUCCGUUGUAUUGUUAGGGUUUUGUAAUUUUAGACUGGAUUGUUUGCCUACUUCGUUCAACAGAUCUCAUUCGCUCGUUGAUCGGGACGACCGGAUUUUUUUCUAUUGAAUUUCUCUAGGGUAAAUCGUCUAUUCUUCGGGGUCUGCUUAUGGUGUUGUGAUUCUUUUAAGCAGUGCAAGUAUUGCCUGCUUUGUUUGUUUGAUUUGUGUUAUUAAAUCUAGUGCUGCUUUACCUGGUAUUACUAUUAGUAAUGUUGUCUGCCAAUGACCCAGUAGAUUCUUUCUUUAAUUCUCUUCACGCGGUUAAGGGUGCUCUUUCACCACUUGAAUCUGGAAUUCGUCGCGCUGCGAAGGAUCUAGAGUCUUGCUGGGCGGGUCCGACAAAUGAAGCGAUUAAUCUCGAAUUGUUCCCCAAACUGAAUUUCGCUGCCGAGAACAGUAAGAAGAGCUCUUCUCUGAAGAAGAAACAGUGCGAGGACGUUCUUGUUGAUGACAGAAAAAAAAACUUGGUGAUAAAAUUUCCGAUCAAGACGUUCUUGGGAACGUUUUUUCCCAGUUCCGGAGCCAAUGACCGCAGGUCCGAGCUUCUGAAGAAAGGGUCCAAAGAGAAGGACUCAGUUGGAGAGAAGGUCUCUUGCACUAACUGUUUGCAGUUUGCAGUUACCUGGUCUUUGUUGCUUAGCAAUUUUGUUCAGGCGAUUCCAAGCCCAUUUAAAAUCGGAAAGAAGCGUUUUCAGAGACAGGGUGCUCAAGACAAUUAUUCUUCAGUUUCAUGCAAAGAAUCAACAUCAUUGGGGGAUGCAUCGAAACCGAAGCAGAGGGAUUAUGGUCAAUUUUCUGGGUCAUUUCAGAACAAGGGCACAACAUGUAAGGAAGGGGACAAUUUGUCGUUGGAACUCCUUAUAGGUUUAAUAUUUGACCAGAUCACCCAAAAUCUUCAGUUAUUCGACCAGGGUAACCAGCGAACAUAUCAUAAGAGUUCUGCUCAAGCUGAAACUUCGUCGCCUUCGCCUAAAUUUGAUCAUUUGGGGGUAAUUACAGGUAUACUUAAAGGCAAAAAGGCUGAUGUCGAUUACUUUCUUGGGAGCUUGAGGUUCGCAAAAGUCGGGGGCAUGCCACCAAGUCUGGUAGGAGCAACUUCUCCUGUCAAAGUAGAGGGUGAAGAUGAAGUCUCUACUGGUAAUAGGGAAGAAACAGAAAGCAGUUCACCUCAGAAGCUUGCAAAUGGGUUGCUUAAUAUUCCAUUAUCAAAUGUUGAGCGAUUGCGGUCCACACUCUCUACUGUUUCAUUGACAGAAAUGAUUGAGCUUCUCCCCCAGUUAGGGAAGUCCUCUAAAGAACACCCUGACAAGAAAAAGUUGUUCUCUGUACAGGAUUUCUUCAGGUAUACUGAGUCUGAAGGAAGGCGGUUCUUUGAGGAGCUGGAUAGAGAUGGAGAUGGCCAGGUAACGCUAGAAGAUCUUGAAGUUGCCAUGAGAAAGAGAAGAUUACCUCGGAGAUAUGCUCGUGAAUUUAUGCACCGCACUAGAAGUCACUUAUUUUCAAAGUCAUUUGGGUGGAAACAGUUUUUGUCCUUGAUGGAGCAGAAGGAACCUACCAUUCUUCGGGCUUAUACAACUCUAUGUUUGAGCAAAUCUGGAACACUGCAAAGGAGUGAAAUCUUGACGUCCCUUAAAAAUGCGGGACUUCCAGCCAAUGAAGACAAUGCGGUUGCCAUGAUGCGCUUUCUGAAUGCUGACACCAAAGGAUCUAUAUCCUAUGGUCAUUUCCGAAAUUUCAUGUUGCUUCUUCCUUCUGAUCGACUUGAAGAUGAUCCCCGGAAUAUAUGGUUUGAAGCUGCUACUGUUGCUAUUGUACCGUCAGUGGAAGUUCCUGCUGGAAGUGUUCUGAAAUCUGCGUUGGCAGGAGGUCUUUCUUGUGCACUGUCCGCUUUUCUAAUGCAUCCUAUCGAUACUGUGAAGACUCAAGUGCAAGCAUCAACAACUCUCUCUCUCCCAGAACUUGUGUCAAAGCUUCCUCAAAUUGGAGUUCAGGGAUUGUAUCGGGGUUCUAUCCCUGCUAUUCUUGGUCAAUUUUCGAGCCAUGGAUUGCGAACUGGAAUCUGUGAAGCAAGCAAGCUUGUAUUAGUAAAUGUGGCUCCGACGCUUCCAGAAAUUCAGGUCGAAACUGUAGCGUCCUUCUGCAGUACAAUAUUGGGAACAGUAGCACGGAUUCCUUGCGAGGUAUUGAAGCAAAGGUUGCAGGCUGGCAUUUAUGAAAAUGUAGGUGAGGCAAUCGUGGAUACCUUGCGUCAAGAUGGCAUCAGGGGUUUUUUUCGGGGGACUGGUGCCACACUUUGCCGUGAAGUUCCUUUCUAUGUUGCUGGCAUGGGGCUCUAUGCUGAGUCCAAAAAGGUUGUUCAGAAGCUACUAAAGCGGGAUCUUGAGCCUUGGGAGUCAAUGGUGGUUGGGGCUAUAUCUGGAGGGCUUGCUUCUGUUACCACCACUCCAUUUGAUGUGAUCAAGACAAGAAUGAUGAUCGCUUCCCAGGGCAUGCCAGUGUCAAUGUCAAUGAUGGCCUUCUCCAUCCUUCGUCAGGAAGGACCUCUUGCUCUGUUCAAGGGAGUAGUGCCUAGGUUCUUCUGGGUUGCACCUUUGGGUGCUAUUAAUUUAGCAGGUUACGAGCUCCUAAGGAAGGCAAUGGACAAGACCUAGGAGGUGACAGUUGAUCAGCUUCCUCAUAGAGGCUGAACACCUCUGGCUGAAAGUCUCUGCUACAAAGGGAAAACAUCAAUAUCUACUACUGCCUUCAGGUAAUCGUUUAUGUGGAAUGGGAUGAUUUAAGCUUUCCUGGCUAUGCUUCCGGUUUUCAUCUGUCGACAUCUCAGCUUGCUUCAUUAAGACAUUGUAAUUUAUGUGAUACAUAAUCUCUUAUUUUCUUUCCAACUGCGUAUUUUUGUGCUUUUUUUUUUUUGGGUGUAUUGAUAAGGGGGCAUGAGUUUAUAAGCAAAAGGUGAUAACACAUUUUGACAGCAUGGCUCACAUAAUGCGAGCAGGUGAUUUCUGUGUAACCUUCCCAUAAUUUGUGCAUUUGUGUAGUUGGUUACAAUAUUCGUCAUAUAUCUCUUCAAUGUCCUCAUGCAACAGUGUUCAUUCUACAUGUAAUGAGAUGUGGAUUCUAUUGGUUCUUCAA